UUGCUUUUUGCAUAAAAGGGCCUAUAUAGAAGUGCUACCCUAUUUUGAGAGGACUCGUUUCCCUAAAAGGGCACCUAUUACCACAGGGGCUUUGCUCAAAAAUGUAACAUGUAUAGCAAUGAAGUUUACCUACAUAGCAAUUUGUUAGGGCCUCUGAUUCGCCAUUAGAGUCACAAGAACAUCAAUACACUACCAAACUGUGGCGCAUUCAUUUUCAUACAGAAAACAUACAUAAUGAUGAGCGAGCCCACUUCUGCAGGCGUGGGAUGUUCGGUUACAAAUUGGUUCUUCAUUCGUUCUCAUGCUCAAUUGGUCUAGAUUUGGAGGGGGAAUUCCCCAUAUGAGGGCUUCCAGUAUUGACAUCAAGAGGACCUCUAUUUACCUCUAGCCCUAGUCUUCACCCUUUCUUGGAUGGGUGGUCGAACGCACAAUAAUCUCUUCGUCUCCGAAGAUAAGAAGCUCAUAAACAGUUCCAGAACGAUCCCCCCACAUUACAAUUGUUGAGAUCCACAGCUAGACAACCAAUUAUCGGCGCAACAUUGCCGCGUUAACAUUACCAGUGAUCACCGUUGAAACGCUCUGAACUUAUUUCAGACGAGCCAAUAAGCUUUGACAAUUUGAAGAAUGAUCUAACUCUUCAUUAAGAUCUAUUUUUAUGGACCACUUAAAGGCGGCAUGAUGAACGACCUUCAGUUAAACACGAAGCGCUGCUCAGCCUUUCUACAGAACGAGAGGAAGAGGGCAAGACAGAAAAUGGAGAGUUCUUUUACAGGAGUGGAAGGACCAACAUCUCGAGCGCCAAGACUACUCUGGUCCGACGUGUCUCUCAGAUCAAAGGACUUUCUGAGAGGCUGGAAAGGCACAAGACCAUUUUCUUCAUCACCUCACCUCGCAACGACCCUCGCAAUAACUCACUUGUUGAUAACAAAGGAAUGCCUGCGAAGACUUCGGGUGGUCAGGAACCCUUUUCACUUGCCAUUACUAAGAUCGAGUCAGAUCCAAACACAACACUACCAAUACUGUCCCAAGCGAACAUUUGCCCAUCAUUUGCAAGUCAUGGGAGUGACAGCUUCGAGAACGUUGUCAGUGGCAGGGCCAACUGACCUCAAUGAUAUUACGUUCCGUAUCGUGGACCAAUCUCGCUAUCCCGAGGUCCUUGAGCUUCUCUACGCCAAUUUCCAUCCUGAUGAACCCAUGAGUAGGGCGCUCAACAUCUACAGCGGAGAUCAUCGUGUGCCAGCUAUUGAUGAGUACACACUAAAUGGACUCAAGGAGAACCUUUCUCUGAUGGCGGUGGACUCGUUCACCAACAAAUUGUUGGGAGUGUCAAUUAAUGGCUUGGUUCAUAAAUCUUCAUUGGACAUCCCUCUCGUCGAUAAACUUAAGAACAUUCGAAACGACAAGUUCCGCCAUAUCAUCACAGUUUUGCACGAGGUUAACCAAAGAGGAGCUCACAUCUUCCAAGAGUUGGGCACCGAUGUCGUCUUCGAUAUCAAGAUGGUUACAACCGACAAACUGAAUCGGAAAAGUGGCUUAGCCACGGAUCUCAUCCGGAAAUCCAUCAAUUUGGCUCGAGAUCUUGGUUACACGGCAGCUAAAACCGAGGCUACAGGGAUCUAUUCUCGGAAGGCAUCCGAGCGAUUGGGCUUCACCAUGACAGCUGAGUUCUUUUAUGAUGAGUACAUAGCCGCCGAUGGAACAACGGGGAUUUUCUCAGAUAUGGGCAACCAUAAGUGUGCCACAUUACUCGUCAAACGACUAUUGGUCAAUCAAGACUCCAUUGAAGAAAAUGAGCCCGUUCGUAAUGAGAGCGAUCAUGCCUAGACUCUAAUCAACCCUGUACUUGAUGUUAUUCUCGUUGUGCUACUUGAAUGUGUCCUCUGUGUCAAAUUUCUUUCGCCAGCAAUAGCGGUGAAUGUGGCUUAUUGGUUUCUAUAAAGGCUUUGGACAGAGUAAAAAAAAAAGACUCAGUUGCAAA